AUGGAAGAGCCAUUCUUUACGUCCGACGGAGAUGCGCUGGACUACUACAGAAGCUUAGCGCGGAGCUUGCAAUGCGAUCUAGACGAUACUAAGUCGGCCCUCGACGAGUUUCAGAUAUCUUGCAAAGAACUCGAGGCUGAACUCGAAAGAGAACUUCAGGCCACCGAGUAA